UGGAGGCUCAAAACCACCGUCCAUCGGUGACACACGCAGAAGGUAGCAGGUGCACCUUUUGGUAGGGUAAAUUCAGAAUCACAUCGAUCCAGAGGAGGUAGCGAUACGGCACGCACUGCGGAUUUCCGAUGGCUGCCCUUUCGUCGACCUUCCUCGCCACCCCUCUCCCCGUUCGGCUUCCCGCGCUCUCCCGCCGCCGUACGUCCGAUCGCGCCUUCCCCUCGCCCUCCACCACUCCUCCCAUCCGCGCUGCUGCUCCCCCGGAGCGCACCGCCACCAGCGCCACCAGCAGCAGCGCCGUCGAGGCUCCGCUCUCCGCGGUAUCUUCCCCCCAGCAGCGUCCGCGCCCCCUGGGCGCACCUGAGGCCUCGCCGCGGAAACCUGCGUGGCUGCGCCAACGUGCGCCGCAGGGGAAGCGGUACGAGCAGGUGCAGGAGUCGCUGCAGGGACUGCGACUAAACACCGUGUGCGAGGAAGCCAAGUGCCCUAACAUCGGCGAGUGUUGGAACGGCGGGCAUGGCGACGGCGGCUUGGGCACGGCCACCAUCAUGCUGCUGGGCGACACCUGCACCCGCGGCUGCCGCUUUUGCGCGGUGGCGACGAGCCCCAACCCAGCGCCGCCAGACGAGGACGAGCCCGAGAACACGGCCAGGGCCAUCGCCUCCUGGGGAGUGGGGUACAUAGUGCUUACGAGUGUGGACCGCGACGACCUUCCCGAUGGGGGCGCCAACCACUUUGUGCGCACUGUCAGAGAGCUCAAGUCCCUGCGACCUGACAUCCUGGUGGAGUGUCUGGUAUCUGACUUCCGAGGCGACAAGGCGGCGGUGGCGGCGCUGGCCACGUCGGGUCUGGACGUGUUUGCGCACAACGUGGAGACUGUCAAGAGACUGCAGCGCUCCGUCAGAGACCCGCGCGCCGGCUACGAGCAGUCACUGACGGUGCUACAGCAUGCGAGGGAGGUGGCUCCCAGCGUGGUGACCAAGUCGUCCAUCAUGCUGGGGUUGGGGGAGACAGAUGAGGAGGUGGCGCAGACGAUGAGGGACCUGAGGGACGCAGGGGUGGAGAUAGUGACUCUCGGGCAGUACCUGCAGCCCACACCCAUCCACCUGCCCGUAAAGGAAUUUGUCACGCCCGCCAAGUUUGACGAGUGGAGGCAGUACGGGGAGUCCAUUGGUUUCCGAUAUGUUGCCAGCGGACCUCUGGUCCGCUCCUCGUAUCGAGCUGGGGAGUUCUUUGUGGAGUCAAUGCUCCGCAAGAGGCAGCAGGAAGCUGCAGCCAGAGAAUGACGGUUUUUAAGCUAGGUUAAUCGUAAUGAGAUGUAAAUUCAUGGAUAUUAUGAUAAUGCAUGUAAUGUGAUUAUCUUUC